AUGGGCUGGUUCUGGCAGGCCCCCUCGUCGCCGAAGCCCGCGGGCUCACGCGACAGCGCAUCCCCAACGCCAAACACUCCCACACCACCAGCACCGACCGCGCCGACUCAAACACCACCUGCCGAGGCAGAGUCCAACUCCACCGACCGCGAGAUGGCCAUGUUCAUGAACAUGCUCCUGAAGGACACCCAAUCAUCCUCCUCUCAAUCCAAGACCCAACAGCCAACAUCACCACCAUCACCACCAUCCAAAUCCUCCUCCUCCUGGCUCCCCUGGUCAUCCACAAAACCCGACACCACCCCCACCACCGAGCAGCAAACCACCCCCCCAAAACAAACCCGCAGUCCCCAAUCCCUCGCCAUGUCCGAGCACCUCCUCCCCACAACCAUGUCCUGCCGCGACGCGUUCGACUACGCAUGGCACUGCCACACACCAGGGGCACAGUGGAACGCGGUGUACCGGUACGGAUCAGUGCGGCCAUGCACGGAGCUGUGGGACGACUUCUGGUUCUGCAUGCGGACCAAGUCGUACUCGCCCGAGCUCAAGGCCGAGGCCAUACGCGAGCACUACCGCGCCAAGGAGGAGGCCAAGUACGGCGGCGGCCGGCCCAGCAGCGAGGACGUUUGGGCCAGCCGGACCGAGCGCGUUGCCCCGGGCACGGCGUUCCAGCAGAGCUUUGAGCCGCCUGUGAUAGAUGAUGCGGCGUUUCAGAGGAUGGAUGCGGAGAGGCGGAGGCGGAUCCGGGAGAUGGCGGGGUCGGAGGGGAAUAAUAGUGAUAAUAAUACCCAACCGCAUAAUCUCCAUGACAGGACACCGAGUAUCGAUUUGGUUACGGAUGGGGAGUUCCCGACGGAUGGAAGCAUCGUCGUCCAUGAAAGAAAAGUUAAUUAA